GCGGUCACCGGGAAAGCGCCGCGUCCGGCGGCGCUUCCCGGGCGCGAUGGGGCCGGUUCUGGUGGUUGGGGGCUGCCGCGAGGCCCGCGCUUGGUCCCUGCAAGGCGGCCCGCGGCCGAUGGGUCCGGGCCGGGCGGGGCCCAUGCGCAGCUCGGUGGCGGCGCCCGACUGCUGCGGGGGCCUUGGCAACCUGGACUUCAGGAAGGCAGACGUCUGCGUUAUGACCCGGCUGCUGGGCUACGUGGACCCCUCAGAACCCCACUUUGUGGCUGCAGUCCUCACCAUCGCUUUCAAUCCACUCUUCUGGAAUGUGGUCGCGAGAUGGGAACACAAGACCCGAAAGCUGAGCAGGGCCUUCGGGUCCCCCCACCUGGCCUGCUGCGCCCUGGGCGGCGCCAUCCUGCUUCUCAACGUGCUGCGCUCCCACUGCUUCACGCAGGCCAUGCUGAGCCAGCCCAGGAUACAGAGCCUGGACAACCCCUUGGCCUACCGCGUGGGCCUGGCACUCCUGGGAGUGGGCGGCGUGUUUGUCCUUUCCAGUUUCCUGGCUCUGGGCUUCACCGGGACCUUCCUAGGCGACUACUUCGGGAUCCUGAAGGAGGCCAGAGUGACCACGUUCCCGUUCAGCAUCCUGGACAACCCCAUGUACUGGGGCAGCACAGCCAACUACCUGGGCUGGGCCAUCAUGCACGCCAGCCCCGCCGGCCUGCUGCUGACCACGGUGGUGGCGCUCACCUACAUGGUCGCCAUCCUGUACGAGGAGCCCUUCACUGCUGAGAUCUACCGGCAGAAAGCCUCCCAGGCCCACAAGAGGAGCUGACGGCCCGUGGCCACUCCGUGAGGGUCCCCACCUCGGGCUUGCCCCGAGCACAUGCCCCUUGAGGGGAGGGGGAGAGCAGUGCCCGGCCUGGGCCGUCCAGUGCCUUGGAAACGUGGCUUGAGGGCCUGGAAGGCGCCGUGCGGCCCCAGAGCCCCCUGCCCUGCCACCCACCACGUCCUGACCAAUAAAAGCGCCUGACC